AUGUUGAAAUCUGGUGUAUCUUUUCUCCGAUUUCAAAAUAUAACAUUAUCUUGUUCAAAUAAAUCAUACACCCUCCUCCAUUGUCAAACACUCUCAAUUUCAAUGGCUCCUCAUGUACUGAUUUUUCCUUUGCCAAUGCAAGGCCCUGUCAAUUGUAUGCUCAAAUUAGCAGAGCUACUCUGUCUCUCCGGCAUCUCCGUCACCGUUCUCAAUACCGAUCACAUCCAACGUACUCUCCUCCGUCACACCAAUGUCUUGUCACGAUUCAGCCGCUAUCCUAAUUUCCAUUUCCAGACUAUCUCCGACGGACUCCCUCACGAUCAUCCUCGUUCCAGCGAACGCUUUCUGGAAGUGUGUGAAGGAAUGAGAACCGUGACCGAGCCGGCUUUCAGAGAGAUGAUGGUUUCUGGAUGCUUCAGUUCCAAAUCUGCUAGUCCUGUGACGGUUAUCAUACCGGACGGAUCCUUUUCGUUUGCACUUGAUGUGGCUGAAGAGAUUCAGAUUCCUUUGAUUUAUUUUGAAACUGUGAGUCCUUGCGCCCUUUGGACUUAUUUGUGCCUCCCUAAGCUCAUCGAAGCCGGCGAGGUUCCGUUCAACGGUAACGAUCUGGAUGUGCUAAUAAGAAGCGUUCCAGGCACGGAAACUUUUCUACGUCGCCGGGAUCUUCCAGGCUUUUAUCGCAUUGAUAACCUAGCUAAUCAUGUUAUGCAAAUCAUAAUGAAUGAAGCUCAACAUGUUCCUCGUGCUUAUGGUGUCAUUAUCAAUACAUUCGAUGAACUGGAUGCAUCCAUACUCGUUCACAUGCGCAAUCUCUGCCCAAACAUUUACUGCAUAGGUCCACUGCACACUUUACACAAGAACCGCCUCGCUGUUGCAUCCAAAACAACGACUCUUAAGCAGCAAUCCGAUGUUUCAAACAGUCUAUGGGAAGAAAACCGAACUUGCCUCUCGUGGCUCGAUAUGCAACCAGCAAAAUCAGUCGUUUAUGUUAGUAUUGGAAGCAUGGCACGGAUGACGGUGGAUCAAUUCUUCGAAAUAUGGCAAGGAUUAGUGAACAGUGGAAAACCUUUCUUGUGGGUUCAACGGCCGGGUUCGGUUCUUGGAGAGUAUGAUGAUAGUCAAGUCCCGCAAAAUCUUGUGGAUGAAACAAAACAAAGGGGAUUUAUAGCGACUUGGGUUCCACAAGAGGAGGUCCUAGCCCAUCCAGCCAUCGGAGGGUUUUUGACACACGGUGGAUGGAACUCGACCAUGGAGAGUAUAAUGGAAGGAGUACCAAUGAUUUGUUGGCCAUUUUAUGUGGAUCAACAAGUUAAUAGCCGGUUUGUGAGCGAGGUGUGGAAGGUUGGAAUAGACAUAAAAGAUACAUGUGAUAGAGUUAUAAUCGAGAAGGCGGUGAAUGAUCUUAUUCAUGUGAAAAGAGAUGAGUUUAUUCGGUCGGUAAAACCAUUGGCGGAGUCAGGUGCUCAAAGUGUUGCACAAGAUGGAUCUUCGUAUAUGGAUUUGAAUCGGCUUGUUGAAGACGUUAAAUCAAUGAACUUGUAAUAUGCAAAAGGCGACGUAGUCCAUCUUAUAGAGGUUGCACUGAGUUUUAAGACUCCAUCCUUAUCACUCA